UCAGCCGUAAGCUUGCUUAGUUUCUCCCCGACCAUGGCGCUGGACGAGUCGGAACUGCACCAGAUCGUGAACGAUUGCGGGUACGGACCGCUGGUCGGUGACCUGGCCGCGAUGAUCCUCCGCCAGACGAACGAGCUCACCGCGGAUCGUAACGAGGCGGCCAUGUUCCUGGCGCAGCUCAUCCUCGAGAGCGGCGGUUUCCUGUACCGGGAGGAGAUUGGCGGUGCCAAGCAGCGUUACGCGCCGUACCAUGGCCGUGGGUACAUCCAGCUGACCUGGGAACCGAACUACCGGGCGGCCUCGCUGGACCUGUUCGGGGACGAGCGGCUGGUUCGCGAUCCGGACGCGGUUUCGCGGAAUCCGGACCUGUCGAUGCAGGUAUCGGUUUGGUUCUGGAAGAAGCACGUGCGACCUGGGGGAGGGCCGGCUCAGAACAACUUUGGACUGACUACGAAGGCCAUCAACGGAGGACUGCCCGGGGGAUCCAACAACAAGAGUUCCCGCAAGCGGUACGAUUUCUACAAGAAGGCUGCGGCCGUGUUGGGCGUUCGUACGCUGGCCAGUGAAGAGUGGUGAAUAGGGGUUGUUCUACGAGUUUCAAAUAUACUGUGACAACUUAAA